CUUGUUUAUCGUAAAACUGGGUGUUCACUGACAAUCUGCUAUCUUCGUUUGCAAUCUUGAUAUUUCGAACUAAAUUUUUAUUGUCAUUUGUUAGUAGAACGCAAGGUUUCUUGCGUUAUACGAAAUUGCAAUUUAAGAAGCUAUAUACUUUUUAAUUUAUCUAUUAAAAAAUGGCUGAUCCUAAAUAUGCCGAUUUACCUGGAAUUGCAUACGAUCAAGUCGAUGUAUACGAGACAACUGAUUUACCAGAAUCCGAACAAUUUCAAAUUUACCCUGAGGAAGAAACCGAUUCCAUAGAAAAGUUACAUAUAAGCGCCACGGAAGCAUUUAACAAAUUUAAAGGUAAACAAGUCAUUAAUGAGGGAAUUGAUUUUUCUGAUUGUGUAUCGUUCAAACCAAAAACAGGCUACAAAUUUGGAGAUUGGGAUCUUCCUGCAGAAGGAGAAAAAGAAACACCAGUUCAAAAAUGUCAACGUUUGCAAUGCGAAAUUAAAGAAUUGUAUGAAGAAGUAAAUGAGUUGAAGGAAAAAACAGAAGGUGAAAAAGAAGAGAAAUCUAUCAUUGAUAUAAUUUCUCAAGUACAAGACCUAAGCAAACAGUUAGAUUCCUUGAAAUUAGAAGAAUGUCUUGGUGCUGAUGUUGUUGCAACUCUAUCAGAUCCACAAGGCACAAAGCUGAAAGAACUGAUAUCGCAAAUACAAGCAUUUAAACAGACUAGUAUUCUUACCUCUGAAUCUGAUUCAAAGACACAGAGUACAAAAGUUGAUAAAACAGCUGAACCUAAUGUACUCAAAUAUCAGAUGACUUAUCUUCCAGAGAAAGCAAGAAUGCAAGAAGCAGCAAGAGUUGCAUUACUUGAACAAAGACUUUGUAAUUUGGAAAGUGUUAUUGGAGCAACUACCGAUAAACUUUCCAAGUUUUCACAGAAUCUCAAAUGUCAAGGUGUAAUGGAAGCUGUUCAAGAACUAGGAGCAAAAGCUGCAUUAUUAGACACGUAUCAGUUAGACAUCAUUGAAAACCGAUUAGCUUCUUUAAUUCAUAGAAUGGAUAGUAUCGCGCAAAAAAAAUCUACGCUAUCUUUAGAUUCCGAACAGGAGCAAAAGAUCGCGGAAAUGUAUGAAAUCAUGAAACAAACCGAAACAAUGUCGCAAAUGUUGCCUCAAACUGUAAAUCGAAUGUUGGCAUUAAAUACAAUUCAUCAGCAAGCUGCUGAAUUUAACAAAUCUCUAGUACGACUGGAAGAAUUACAAUCGCAAAUUACCGUUGAUUUGGAAAGUAACAAAUCUCUACUAAAAGGAGUACAAGAAAGCUUUGCAUCAAAUUUAGAAGUUAUAAAAAAUAAUAUAGAAUCGCUGGAUGAACGCAUUAAAAAUCUUAGCAAGUGAUAAUUCGUAGUAACGACAAUUCAUCAUAGAUUACGACAUUUCAACUUCUUAAAUACAUAUUUAUUAAAUUAUAUAUUUAUAGAUACUCUUUGAAUUGCUGGCAAUCCGGUAUAAAUCAUGUAUCGCAUUUCUAAAACAUUUUUUUAUCAUAAUUCAAUCAAAUUAUUCUGAUUUCUAAAUAUAGUAUUUUCAAUAACACAAAUUUAUUAUUCUUGUAUGUUGUGCAAGCAAGAAAACUUGAUAAUGUAUAAAUACUGCAAAUUGAAAAUAAACUAGAAUUAUGCUUUUGAAUAACACAAUAUUAAUAAAAGAAUAUUAAUUAAUUAAUUUGGUCACAAAAGGAUGAUUAAAAAAUCUUACACUCUGAAAAUA